ACGCGAGCAGCUAGAGCUCGACAGCUUCACUGCUCUCCCACCCCGCUCGCCGUGACGCCCGUACGUCUAGAUACAAUCAUCCACGUCAUGUCCCUCACAGACGCCAAGGUCCUCUCUCAAGGGCCGCUGCCCGACGACGAGGCCCGAUGGGUCAAGCUCACCAAGAUCACGUAUCAGGACCCCAAGGGCCAGACCCGCACGUGGGAGUCGUCAGAACGCCUCUCCCGCCCCCCCGACUCUGACAUUGAUGGCGUGGGCAUCGUCGCCGUGCUCGACAAGCCCACCGGGCCAGAGCUCGUCCUGCAGAAGCAGUUUCGCCCGCCCAUCAACAAGGUAGCUAUCGAGGUGCCUGCGGGUCUCAUUGACGCUGGCGAGACGCCCGAGCAGGCGGCAGUCCGCGAGCUACGCGAGGAGACGGGCUAUGUCGGCGUCGUGUCCGAGUCGUCGCCCGUCAUGUUUAACGACCCGGGCUUCUGCAACACGAACCUGCGCAUGGUCCACGUCACCAUCGACAUGUCAUUGCCCGAGAACCAGAACCUCAAGCCGGAGCUGGAGGAGAAUGAGUUUAUCGAGGUUUUCACGGUGCCGCUAGCCACGUUGUGGAACGAGUGCAAGCGACUCGAAGCCGAGGGAUACGCCAUCGACGCGCGAGUCGGCACCUUUGCCGAGGGGAUUCUCAUGGCGCAGAGGUUGAAGCUCUGAUCCGUACGCCACCCAGCAUAACGGUGGGUACAUCUUGAUAGAAUAUAGACGUCUAGACCUUGCCCUCCCGCCGCAACCCUUCCCACAACGCAAGCGCC